AUGGCCACGACGGAUCCUGAAUUCAUCAAAACAAUCUUGGAUGAAACUAACGCAAAGAGAGCGUUACACGGCGUCCAGUCUCUUACUUGGAAUAGUACCUUGGCUGCCUAUGCCGAAACCUACGCUGUUUCAGCCUACAAAUGUGACGGAAUCUUGAAGCAUAGCGGGGGGCCGUAUGGCGAGAAUCUUGCUGCGGGUUACACCACUGUCGGUGCUGUCGAUGCCUGGUAUGCCGAGAUCAAAAACUACAACUACUCCGAUCCGGGAUAUAGUCAUGACUCGAGUCAUUUCACCAAUUUGGUAUGGAAAUCGACAGAUUCUAUGGGGUGCGCGUAUAUCGAUUGUGGUGGUGCCUGGGGUAGAUACAUUAUCUGUGAAUACAACCCUCACGGUAACGUGAUCGGUUACUUCAGCCAGGAAGUCUUACCGCUACUUAGU